UUGCCUUUCGUCGUUUUGAGGUUUAUGCCGGAUUCUUACCGGUAAAAUUUUUUUUACUGAGAUCUUAAAAUUCAAAAUGUAUUCAUUAUAAAAACUUUGUUCAAACAAUAAACAACAAAACUAUAGUGAAAAAAAACUAUUAAAAAAAAUUAAAAAAAAGAAAAACUUUUGCAAACAACGUGUAUUUUUCAUAAAGCAAUUGCAUAAAAAAUAUUUCAACAAAUACAAAAAAAAAAUUAAAAGGCUUUUACAAAUUUCAACAGCGUGUUUAUAAAAGUUUAAUUGACACAAUAAAUUGAAAAUAAACAAAAAAAUAAACUUCAUUAAGGACAAUUACAGCGAGAGCGUGUUUUAGAAGAAAAAACUCCAGCAUCAUUUGUUUGUCACGAUUUACAAACUGCAUACGCAAAUUGCGUCAUGUCCGCAACUUCGACUAGUACAGCACCACUUCAUCAUCAGCAGACUCAAAAGACUAGCAAUCCUAAACUACAACAAACAACCUACAAUAAUCAGCAACAACAACAACAUCCCGACAUAACAAAGGAAGAAUUCGAACGCAUAUCGGAAGCUCUUAAAAAAGAGGAAUUUCGUAAAUUAUUCCUUGAUUAUAUCGAAGAAAUCCAAGAUCCUGAAAAUCGUAAACGUUAUGAAGAGGAAAUCAAACAAAUUGAAGCUGAACGUGGUGUUGAUGUAGUCUUCAUACAUCCUGAACCGGGAUUUGUUAUUAAAACUUCACAGGAUGGCAGUCAAAAAUGUUUUAUCAAUUGUGCGAAGAGUGAACAUGUAGCUAAGCCAACAAAUCAAAUAUGUUUGGACCCUAAGACGGGUACUCGUGGCCUCAGCUGGUCUAUACCGAUGGCUCAGGCACCACCACGUGAUGAUUUGGAUAAUAAUAAGAAACGUUGCCGGGUCUAUGAUGUUGUCUUCCAUCCGGAUGCUUUGUAUUUGGCCGAACGUAAUACAUCAUUUCAUAAGUGCCUUGUCGAUACAGCGCUGGAUGCUGUGGAGAGAGAAUAUAAGGUCACCCUAGAUCGUAUUAACAUCAAAUUUCCUAAACUACAAUUCAAGGGUAUUGCCCGACCAACUGUGAUACGUAAAUUGGCUAAAGAUCCACCGGCUGAAUGUGAAGAACCACAUCCGCUGGAGAAUAUCUAUCCAGCUAAACCCUCAGAUAAUGCUGGUAUACCCAAAGUGCUGCCUAUGAAAACCAUCGACUGUAGCAAAACAGCGACAGCAGCAACAAAGCAAUCAUCUGAUUAUUGCACCCCAAAGUACACAAUAAAACAUCGUCAUGAUGUUGAUCUCACUGAAUAUACACAUGAAUUAGAUGCUAAAUUACAUGUCUCUACACCGCGUGAACUAGUUGUAGACAUUGAAUUGCCCCUCUUGAAUUCAAGCAACGAAUGCCAAUUGGAUGUUACUGAGAAGACGGUGUUCUUGCUGAGCGAACGUGCGGGCGCUAGAUAUCGUUUGAACAUUGAUUUACCUUUUAAGGUGAACGAUAAAGAGGGUUCGGCUAAAUUUGAUGUGGACACGAGACAUUUAGUUAUAACACUGCCCGUUAUACGAGCAAGUAUAGAAAAGCAAAGGCGUAUGCAUGAGAGCCUGCUACAUUUAAGUCGUGAAGAUAGUGGUGUCGAAAGUGAUAUGCGUGAUGAAUUGUUAUCGAGUAAUAGUGAAUCGCCAGUAGAGGAAAUAAUUUCAACAACCAUGGAACAAAUCUUAAACAAGGCUAGUGAAGACAUCAAUCCUAUACAAGAGGCUUAUGAUACAAAAUCGGAAGACUUUUUACAAUCCAAUAUUGAUUAUCAAUUACCUGCCAAAUUCGAUUGUAAUGUUUUGGACAAUACCAUGUCUUAUGUAUUGCAUGUACGUAAUGUACAGGAAGACUCCUUACAAAUAAAACGUGCUGAUAAUGAAUUGCAUUUAAAAUUCAUUUCCCUGGGCAGCGGUUAUUAUCCCACACAUUAUUCGUUUUACAUACAACUUCCUAACCAGGAAAAAGAGGCUAAGAUACUACAAGCCGAUGCUGAGGCAUGGGAAAAUAAUGUGGUUUUAAAUGUACACUUGAACACAAGUGCCGAAAGUGUUUCUAGCUAUCUAGCUGGUUUAGAUAGUGAUCAUUUGCAAGAGCAUGUAUUGCAGCAAAAGUUAAAAGUGGCCCACAAGUCGAGACAACGACAAAAGGAACAACAGCCCUCUUUAGACAUAUCCAUAGAACGUUCGGAAUGUGAGAAAACUGUGGAAAUUGAAAUAAAAUCUAGACCGGGUGAAAUGUCUACCUGUAAUGCCAAUACUACAGAGGAUGAAGAAGAUGCCAAUGCAAAUGGUUCGGGAGAGGCAUCUGCCUCCAAUCAGACGAACCAAAAGAAAGUUAAUAAAAAACAAAAACGUAAAAAUAAAAAACGUCGUUCUCUUUCUGAGUCCGCUUGUGAUGAUAUUAAAGCAUAUCAACAACAGCAGCAACAGUUGCAACAAAAUUCCAUACCAACUGCAGUGCCCGAAGUUAAUGAAACAGAGCGCGAUGAAAAUGCAGAAGAUGCCGAUGAUGAUGAAGAAGAUUCUUCGCCCGAACGUACAGAGAAAACCGCAAAAUCUAUGCAUGCUACUUCACUAUCCAUGAAUGUUCCCUUGGCUAGUUCAAACGACAACUCCGGUUUGACCCAGCAACGUAAACAUCGUAGCUUCUCUGAAUCUCGUGAUAGCGCUGUUAGUUUUAGUGCUGGUAGUUCGUCGUACAAGGGCAUUUUAAAGCAUUACAGUCGUUAUGAACCCAGACCUUCAAUAUCUGAUUCCUGCGAUUCCAUCGAUGAAUAUUCAUCAUCUGCCUAUUCGACUUCUGUUGAUGGCAUGACUAGUGCUUUUAAUUCUUUGCGUUUUUCACAAUCAUUUAGUGAUAUUCCGGAGGAAAAUGUUGUUGGUCUUUCGGAAAGUUGCAAGAAGACUGUACGUUUUAGUGAAGUCAUUAAGAAGCAGGUGUUUAGAUUAGACUCGAGCAUCUUGGGACAACGUAAAAAGAAUCAAAAACGUCGUGAUCGCAAACAAAGAGCUUUGCAAAGACGUCUCAGUGAAGGAGAUUCAGCUGACUAUGAAGAUAAUAAGCCCAUGGCCCCAUUGCCAGCCUCAACACCCAAUGCUCAAUAUUUAAAAUCGAAAAAUAAUCAACAAAAUGUGGCCAACAAUUGUAAAAAUGUUAAUAACAAUAAACAUAAUAAAACAGCUGAUAAGAAAUCGAAUAAAUUACGUGCCAGAUUAGAAUCAGAAUCAUCAUCAGAUGUAGAUAAUCAUAAAAACUCUAUGAUGUUUGAAAUGGAUAUGUAAAAGCAACAAUCACAACAACAGCAACAUUCUUAAUAUUAAAAAUCAAUCAUACAUAAAAAUACCACCCACCACCACCAACAGCAUAAAUUCAAAAAAAAAAAAAAAUCAUCACAAAAAACACACAUAUUUUUUCAUAAAAUUCAUAUUAUAUCAAGUAAUUGUUUUAUAGAUGAUAAAUAUGUAUUAAUUAAAUGUAAUUUUUAAUUGUUAUAGUGUAGUAGGGUUAUAGAAUGUAGUUUUCUAGUAACAUUCGAUUCGUAAAUGCGAAAAAUUAAAAUAAUGCCUUAAAAAAAACAAAACUGUUCAUACAUAUGGAUUAAUUAAAAGCAUGCUUU